AUGUUGAAGAAGGGAGAAACAAUAUGUCAAUUAGAUUGUUUGAUGAUGAUUCAAGAGGUUGUUGCUCGAAAAAAGAAGCGAAGUAAGAGAGAUAAGCUACCCUUGAGAUUUCCGCAGAUCAAUUUUAAAAACUCUAUUUAUGGGAAUCGUGAAUGUGCAAGUGCCCAAGCGCAUGUUGGCAGAAAAAAGGUUGCAACCAGUACAUUUGAAAAGUUGGCUGAUGUUAUCAUUGGGUUAUUGAUUGUUGGAUUCCAUGAAGCGAUGAAUUCCUUUUUACGAUCAUUUGAGAGAGGUAAAUUAGUUACAAAACCAUAUCGUGGUAAAGGAGAAGUUAAUCUAAAUUCAG